AUGACGAGUUCUGAUAAUGAUUUUGAUGAUGAAGACGAUGAAUUACUACAAGAAUUUUUAAUUGGUAAAACACAAAUUCCAUCUACUAAAACUCAACAAGUUUCAAAUACAACAAUAACACCUCAAACAACAACAGUUCCAUUAGCAUCACAAUAUUCAAAUAUUCCAUUAAAUAAUGAAAUUCAAAAUAAAUUAUUUCAAGCAGAUGGAGAAAUAGCAACAUUAAAAGCUCAAAUAUUACAAUUACAAAAUUCAAAACGUGAAGAAAUUUCACAAUUAAAACAAUCAUUUGACGCGUUAAAAAGAUCAAAAGAAUCAGAAACUAUUGCAUUAAAUGAAGCUAUAAAUAAAUUAGAAGAUGAUAGAAAAUUUUUAAAAAAUGAAUUAAUAACUAGUAAUGCUUUAAAAAAGAGAAAAAUUACAAAUGGAUUUACACAAGUUCCACCUCAACAACAACAAAUUAGAAGUAAUACUCGUCAAAAUAAUGAGAAGGUUGGUGACAAAAAGGGUCAAGAUGCCAGAGCUUCAACACCGGAUCUGUCACUAGUUAUAAAACCUAUUCAACAAGUUCAACUAAUUAAUCCAACAAACGAGACGGCUAAAUUAAUUGAACAAUUAUGGAAAUAUAGUAUAGUUGGAAGUCCUAGAAAAUCAUUUGAUUACUUGAGUAAAAUAUGUUUUGAUUUUGAUAUGGAAACAUCAUAUGGAUACAAGAUCAAACGACGUCAAUCUUUAUCAUCAUCAAUUAUGGAAGUAUUAAUGACAAUGAAAGAUUUAAAAAUAAAUGAAAUGAUUGAAAAAUUCACAUUAUUCUUGUUAGAUAUUAUCAUACAAUCAUUAGAUAAAAAAUCAGUAGUAUCAAUUCCCUAUUUAAUUUCAUUAAUCUUUUGUAUUAUUAAUUUCAGUCCUGAUUCAGUUUCCAAAACAGUUAUUAUAAAAUUAAUUCAACAAUUUUCAAAAUUAUCUAAAAAAUAUUUAUUUUUACUAAAUCCAAAUUUAGAAGAAGAAGUUGAUUUUGAAAAUUAUCAUGAUGUUCCAAAUCAAGUUAUUGCAAUUGAAAAAUAUAUUUUAAUUUGUUCAUUUGAUUUAAUUGAAAAAUUAAUUUCAAUAAGUUCAACUUAUGAUAUUGAAUUUAUUAAAAAAAUUUGGCUGAAUCAAAUUUUAACUAAUGAUUUAAUUAAAACUUGUUUACCUCAAAAUGAAGAAAGAUUUAAAACUGUUGCUCAAAUUAAUAUAAUGUUUAAUAUUGUUGAAAUGUUAUCUUCAUCAAUUACUGAAGAUACUUUUGGAUUUAAUGAACCUUAUUCAGAUGUAUCUAUGAUAACAUCUUUAAUGAAAAUUUUUACUAUAGAUAUACCAAUAAAAGAUGGAUUUAAAUUUUUUGGAUUAAAUAGAUUUUUGGGAAAUAAUUUUGAUAUGAAAAUUAUUGAUUCAACAAUUCCAAUUGAACAUGAUAAAUUAGGCAAUUAUUUAAUUGUAAUUCCUCAACCUAUUUAUAAAGUUUCAAAACAAAUUAUUAUUCCAUCAAAUGAUUUAGAAUUUAAUCAUGAAAAACAUCUACUUAAUUUAAAAAUUAAAGUUGCAGAAUUAUUAAUAUCAAUUAUAAUUACAAAACAAACUAUUGAAUUUUUACAUAAUAAAGAAUACUUUAAAUCAUUUAUACGAAUUUUAUUGAUUGAACAAAUUUAUAUAACUAAAACACCAAGAUCAAAAUUAAUUCAUUAUAGAAUUCAUUUAAUUGGUUUAAUAGUUAGAAUUAUAAAUUAUUUAACUCAAGAUUUACAUGAAGCAAACGAUUUAAUUUAUAGUCAAACAAUGUAUGAAAUUUUUGUUGUAUUACUGAGAAUUGCAUUUGGAUCAGAUUCUUUAUCAAUUGAUGCUCAUAAAUUAUUAACAAAAAUAAGAUCAAAAGGUCAUUAUAAUAUUUCAAUUUUUAAUGAAAAUUGUGAAAAAAAUUCAAGACAAAUGAAUCAUUUAACAAUAAGAGAUUUUGAAAAAAAUGGGAAAUUAUUAGCUGAUAUUGAAAGUGAUUAUGCAAAUGGAUUUGAAUUUCCUUAUGAAUCUGAAACUGUUGAAUUAUCAAGAGAAAUUUUAAAUAGAUUUGUAAAUCAUGAAGAAGCUGAUAAUCUUUAUUUUAAUAUGAAUUAUGAAUCUGAUAAUGAUGAUGAAAUGAAUGAUAUGGAUAAAUAUAAUAGAGAAAGUGAUGAAGAAAUGGGUAUAUAG